AUGUCAUUCAACGACGGUAAGCAGCUGCUGGUCUUCGGCCUCAGCUUCGCCCAGCAUGACAACCGCAAGAUGCAGCAGCUCCUCCGACACUACGACAAGCUGCCCGACAACCCAGGCAACCGAGCCAGCCUGUUUGUCCAGCUCAACAAGGUCGCCAGGGAGCUGAUGGCCAACUCGGCUGCCCAGGACCAGAUCCAACAGCUGACCGACUGGAUGACAAACGGUGGUGACUUCCCCCUCGGCGCCGCACCUGCGCCAGCACCAACACCAGCCAACCCUGAUAACGAGGCUCGCCCAGCCCAGGCUACCAACAAUCUAGACCAACCAGGCUUUCUCCGUGGUAGACAAGGCUACUAUGGACACGGUCGCACUCUCAGCGGACAACAGAACCUUGCAAACGCACCAAUUUCGCCUGGUCCUGCGACUCAACAUCCCACUGCAGGCCUGGGUCGCCAGUAUGGCCGAGGCCGUACCAUCAGUGGCGACUGGGAGGAAAACAACGAUGACGAUCCAGAGGAACAUGAACAUGAUGGCGAGGAGGAGGGCAUUGACGCUUCGACGGAGGAAGAAGAUGAGGACAUGGACGAUCCUAUGGACGGAUUCCCGUUCAUGCCUGGACGACGAGUUCGACUUGGUGGUUCUACACGGGAAACCGCAUUCACUGGACCCGGUCGCACCUUGGACGACCCUACGGACGAGGCAGGUGCCGUGAUCGCUGACAACGAGGACGGCACAGCUGAAUCUAUGAAUGUCGAGGGACAGGUCGCCGACCGGCCACAGAACCAGACCGACGGACUUGGACCUCGGCAGCUCGGAGCUGCUUUCCGUGACCGUCACGCUCAGCCGGGACUGCCUCCAACCGUGGAAUAUCACGAGGAUGAGACCUUAACUGACCACGAGGAGGAUCUUGACCACGAUCCCUAUGAGACUGGUCCAAACUCGCACCAGGGUGAGCCAGACAAUGGCGAAGAAAUCGAGUGCCCGAUCUGCCUGGAGGACUACCCCCGGUCCCGGUUUCCAAAGCAUCCUACCAUUACCAAGUUCUGCGAUCAUCCCGACAAGGCCUGCCUGAACUGCCUCGACUCGUCCAUCGCAGCCAUCGUCGAGCGCGGCGCCUUGCACCUGCUCGCCUGCCCCAUCUGCCCACAGAGGCUGUCUCGCCGGGACGUCAAGGAGUAUGCCAACCGGGCUGUCUACGAGCGGUACAAGUACCUGAAGGAGCAGUCCGAGAUACCGGGCCACUACAUCUCAUGCACGAACCCAAUCUGCGGUGGCAGCCAGCCACACGAGAGCGAGGACCCCAUGAUGAUUUGCAAUCACUGCAAGUUCGCCACCUGCGCCAAGCACAGGCGCCCCUGGCACGACGGCCAGACUUGCGAGGAGUUCGACCUGGAUGAUGCGCAGAUUGAGCGCCUGGAGGAGGAGGAGGCCACGGCGAAGUUGCUUUCCCGCGAGGCCAUGAGCAUAUGCCCCAAGUGCGGCCAGGGCGUGACCAAGUCCGACGGCUGUGACCACAUGCGCUGUCAAUGCGGACAGGAGUGGUGCUACGUCUGCUCCUGCUCCUACGAGAACAUAAUCCGCCUCGGCCCCAGCGCCCACGCGACCUUCUGCACCUACCACCCCAACAAGGUCAACCUGACCAAGUCGCAGCAGGACGCCGCCCGCAGCAGCCGUAUCAUGGGGCUCGUCCACGGCGGCGAGGCAGCUGAGGCCGCCGAGGCCAGGAUGCGGCUCCAGAAGGAGCAGAACAAGGGCCAGGAGGCGCAGACGGACGGACCGCCCGAUAAGAAGAAGCGGAAGGUCAAGCUUGUUGCGCCUUGGGAGGAGGGCGGGUGGACCAAGAAGGCUUUGUGA